UUACCAAGCAGUGCCAGGAAUAGGAGGCAUGUCUUCACCGGCGUCACAGGUGACCUCACCAUGGACAGUUGUGCAGCUCUACAACUACUUCUGGUCCCGACGGGAUCCUCGAACGGAAGGAUGGGGCGGCAUAGCGGACUCCAAGUUCGUGCUGCCGUUGCUGCUGGCCUACAUAUACUUCGUCAAGGUCGGCGGCCCGAACUGGAUGAAGGACCGCAAGCCGUUCAAGCUAAAGUGGGCCGUCCUGACGUACAACGUAUUCACGGUGCUCGCUAACGCCUACUACGCGGUGCGGGUGUUUCAGGUGGCGUACCUGUCGGGUCACUACAACUGGCUGUGCCAGGGCAUCAAUUACGACAACCCCAGCGAGAGAGACACGGAGAUUAUGAGGCUCGUCUGGUGGUACUGCCUGGUCAGAGUCGCCGACUUCCUGGACACCGUGUUCUUCGUGCUGCGCAAGAAGAACUCGCAGAUUACGUUUCUGCAUGUGUCCCACCACGCGUUCAUCGUGUUCAGCGGGUGGUUCUACAUGAACUUCGGCAGCGACGGGCAGCCCGUCAUCGGAGUGAGCGUGAACGCCCUCGUGCACGUCAUCAUGUACUCCUACUACUUCCUCGCCGCCUUGGGCCCCUCAGUGCAGAAGUACCUGUGGUGGAAGCGCUACCUCACCGAGCUGCAGAUCGUGCAGUUCGUCGGCCUCAUGAUGCACAUGUCGAUAACUCUCUUCUACAACUGUGGAUACCCGAGGCCCCUGGCCAUCUUUGCACUCAGCCAGGGCUUCUUCGGCCUUCUGCUGUUCAUAAACUUCUACGUCAGGAACUACGUCCUCAGGAUGACUCGAGCGAAAGGUCUUGGCACCGUCAACAAAAGUGACUAGGAAUUCAGUGUACAGAACUAACGUGCGCACCACCUGACAGAAGAAAUGCAGUGCAGGACACACUCCG